AUGUUUGUUUGGAUAUGCGGCCUGCUUGUACUUCUUCUAUGUGCAUUUCUGCGCCUGUAUUACCUGCUGCCUGGACGUUCCACACGUGUCAAGCGAAAACGUCUUCCAUCAGAGCAUUGCAGUCUGGCCGUAUUCCUGGGCUCAGGAGGGCAUACUAGCGAGGCUCUGAUGCUUCUCUCUGCAUUGGAUUUUGACCGAUACUUCCCACGAACAUAUAUAAUCAGCGAAGGUGAUGCACUGAGCGCUCAGAAAGCUGUUGCUCUGGAGUCUCUGAAGUCCUGCAGUCGCUCUGUCAGCACUGUUGGAUCGCCCCCUUACACCAUUCUGACCAUACCACGCGCGCGGCGUGUUCACCAAUCGCUCUACACCGCGCCUUUUUCGGCCAUCCGCUCGCUUGUUGCAUGUUUGCGACACAUCACUCUGACUCCCCUAGCGUCUGGCAAACAGUUCUCCGAGGUCCUCAUCCUCAACGGCCCCGGGACGUGCUUCGUGCUAUGUAUAGCUGCAUAUCUAAACAGAUUCCUCGGAUCGCCGUCACCCACGUUGAUCUACAUCGAAUCUUUCGCACGUGUCCGUACGCUUUCCCUCUCAGGAAAACUCCUACGGCCAUUCGUUGAUAGAUUUGUUGUGCAGUGGCCAGAACUAUUGCAGGACGGCAAGGCAGUCGAAUGCCGUGGCUGGCUUGUCUAA